AUGACUAAUUGUUGUGAUAGGUAUUGUAAUCAUUCUGAGCAUAGGGCUAUUAUUGACAACGUAUAUGACACUAUAAUCAGCAUUCUAUCUGAUGCUGCCGCAGCGACGUAUCGCAGAGAGGGGUUACAGAAAGAACGGUUAUAUAGCCGGGCGGAAUGGACCAUUACACGGUCUAACACAUCACUGUUAGACUCUGCAUCGGGUAGCAAUAGUGACACUGUGUCUGGGAAAUCUGUUCAGUUUCUUGCAAAAAAAUUGUUUAAAAUUAUUGCUAAAACGACGAAAGGAAGGUUUCCUGGGCACGACGGCCCAAGUAUAGAACAUUUUAAGUAUGCCGGUGAGCAUCUGUAUUGUAUAGUUGCGAUGCUUUUUAAUUCUAGUCUGGGACAUACCUAUUUACCAGAAGCAUUAAUGCAUACAAUUGUAGUCCCUGUUGUUAAAAAUAAGACGGGUGACACAUCUUUCACGAGCAACUACCGGCCUAUAUUGCUUGCAACUACAGCUGUAAAAAUGCUUGACAGUUUGCUUAUCGACUAUUUCGGUAAGUAUGUGGAACUUGACGAUGCCGUAUCCGAAUACGAGUUCAGGCCAGGUAUUUCUACAGAAAGUGCUAUGUUCAGUCUUAAGCAUAUUGUCAAGUAUUAUACUCAAAGGAAAACGCCUGUGUAUGCUUGCUUUUUGGACCUAUUCAAAGCUUUCGAUUUGGUAAAUUAUGAGCUCUUGUGGGAGAAGCUGAAAGGCACAGGUAUGCUGGCAGAAUGUACCGAAAUGUAA